GAAGCGCCUGUGCGUGCGUGGGGCGUAGCAAGGGACGGAAGCUCUGCCGGCACGACCGCCGCCCACCCGAGCCUAUCUGGGCUGCGUCUCGCCGCCGCUGCUCUUCGUGGCCCAAGGCCCAAAUCCUUGCCCGUCCUUGCAGUCCCACCCCACACUCAGCCUUGUGUCCCUCGAUCUGGUCUCCGACUUCCAUUUCCCACCCUAAACCGCCUACCCGGUGUCUGUUCCCCGCCCGGUCGUCCUCGCCCUGCUGCGCUGAGGGUCCCCUGUCAGCCUCGACCCCAUGGCGCUGCAGACGCUGCAGAGCUCGUGGGUGACCUUCCGCAAGAUCCUGUCUCACUUCCCCGAGGAGCUGAGUCUGGCUUUCGUCUACGGCUCCGGGGUGUACCGCCAGGCAGGGCCCAGUUCAGACCAGAAGAAUGCUGUGCUGGACUUUGUGUUCACAGUAGAUGACCCUGUCGCAUGGCAUUCAAAGAACCUGAAGAAAAAUUGGAGCCACUAUUCUUUCCUAAAAGUUUUAGGGCCCAAGACUAUCACAUCCAUCCAGAAUAACUAUGGCGCUGGAGUUUACUACAAUUCAUUGAUCAUGUGUAAUGGUAGGCUUAUCAAAUAUGGAGUUAUUAGCACUAAUAUUCUGAUUGAAGAUCUCCUCAACUGGAAUAACUUAUACAUUGCUGGACGACUCCAAAAACCGGUGAAAAUUAUCUCAAUGAACGAGGAUGUCACUCUUAGAUCAGCCCUCGAUAGAAAUCUGAAGAGUGCUGUGACCGCCGCUUUCCUCAUGCUCCCCGAAAGCUUUUCUGAAGAAGACCUCUUCAUAGAGAUUGCCGGUCUCUCCUAUUCAGGUGACUUUCGGAUGGUGGUUGGAGAAGAUAAAACAAAAGUGUUGAAUAUUGUGAAGCCCAAUAUAGCCCACUUUCGAGAGCUCUAUGGCAGCAUACUACAGGAAAAUCCUCAAGUGGUGUAUAAAAGCCAACAAGGCUGGCUGGAGAUAGAUAAAAGCCCAGAAGGACAGUUCACUCAGCUGAUGACAUUGCCCAAAAGCUUACAGCAACAGAUAAAUCAUAUUAUGGACCCUCCUGGAAAAAACAGAGAUGUGGAAGAAACUUUAUUCCAAGUGGCUCAUGAUCCCGACUGUGGAGAUGUGGUGCGACUAGGGCUUUCAGCAAUCGUGAGACCGUCUAGUAUAAGACAGAGCACAAAAGGCAUUUUUACUGCUGGUAAGAGCUUUGGAAAUCCAUGUAUAACAUACCUGCUGACUGAGUGGCUUCCACACUCUUGGUUACAGUGUAAAGCUUUGUAUCUUUUAAGUGCUUGUGAAAUGCUGAGCUUUGAUGGCCAUAAACUGGGAUAUUGCAGUAAGGUACAAACAGGCAUAACAGCAGCAGAAUCUGGUGGUCUAACAAUGUCAGACCAUUGGCAGUGCUGUUGGAAGCUUUAUUGCCCUUCUGAAUUUUCUGAGAAACUUCCUGUGUGCAGGGUUUUCCCCUCAUGUUGUUUUAUUUAUCGAAGUUACAGAUGCAUAGGAUUGCAAAAACAGCAGCACCUGUGCUCCCUCUCCUCUUCCCCUUCUCUGAGACAACUGCUUCCAUCUGUCUUAGUGGGUUAUUUUUGUUUUUACUGCCAUUUCUCUAAAUGGUAAGUUUUCGUUGCUCCUUCUCUGCGUUUCAACUUUAGGUAUCAUCUAUUGACUUCUCUCUAUGGGAGGUUAGAAUUCAACUCUGGCACCCACUCUCAUCAAAUGUACACACGCUCCCAUCCCUCUGUCCUCCCAAUAUAGUUGUCUUGUGGUUUUGGCUAAUUAGUUUUCAGUUUGAUGGUAUGGUGAGCCACAGAGUACACCUUUCCUUCCCUGCACAAUGUUCUUCUCUCAUGGAGAGUGUCUCCACUGUCCCCUCUAGGGGGUCCCCCAUUUCCUGUAUCUCAUGUCUUUCACUUGCUUGGUGCACACUCUCAUUUUGGUGAAGCACAUUUUCCAGUAAUUUCCUGAGAAAGGGAACAUGGAAGGCACAUUUGGAGACCACGUAUGUCUGAAAGUCUUUUUUGUCUGCCUUCACCAAUAAUUAAUACUUAGG